AAAAAAAAAAGCGGCUUCUUCCUCUUCUUCUUCAUUGGCAGAUCUGCAAUGCGUCGAUCUUCUCUCUGUUCUAACGUAAACUGUAAAAGCUUGUGAUCGAAUCUUAACCUAAUAACCUACGCCACAUAGCAAAUCUCUCAAUUUCGGAAAUCAUUUAGAAUGCUGGCUGUUCUUGUUCUGAAUCUCUUCGCAAUCGCAGGGAAAAGCUGAAGGUGUCGACGAGGUAUGAGACGAAGAAGAGUAUUUGGGUCUGAGAUUUCACAGUAAGUGUUCAUGGACCUUGGCGAGUCUGCACAGCGGAGUCCUCCAGCUGUGGGAUUACAGGAUCGGAACUCUUAUUGAUCGACUCGACGAGCGCAAUGGACCUGGGCUUGGCGUUCAUUUCCACCACGUCCAGCCUCUCUUGGUCUCUGGAGGGUAUGAUUACAAGAUCAAGGUGUGGAAUUAUAAGUUGCAUAGGUGUUUUUUUACCCUUCUUGGUCACCUAGAUUGUUAGUACAAGUGAUGACUAAACAACCAGACUAUGGAACUGGCAGCAUCGGACUUGUAUCUCUGUAUUGACUGGACACAAACAUUAUGUUAUUUAUGCUUCUUACCAUCCAAAAGAGGACCUGGUUGUAUCAGCAUGGAUCAAAUGGUUCAUGUAUGGGACAUUGGUGCUCUUAGGAAGAUAACAGUUGCCCCUGCAGAUGAUGUCAUGUGGUUGAGGCAGUUGAGCGAGAUGAACACAGAUUUCUUUGGUGGGGUUGAUGCUUUUGUUAAGUAUGUCUUGGAGGGUAUGAUGAUCAUGGAGUUAACUGUGCUUCAAUGUUCCAUCUCUCCCUCCCUGCAAUUGUCUCAGGUGCAGAUGAUAGGCAAGUAAAAAUUUCGAGAAUGAAUGGUAUGUCUUCGAAAACUUGUUUGAGUCUUUUGCUUGUGAAAUCAUUAACUCCCAGAAGAGCUACUGACCACCACGUCUGCUCCUGAACAAACUACCAUAUGAAAU